AUGAAGUUCUCUGGAAUCGCUGCCUCCCUCGCCCUUGCUGGCGCUGUCUCUGCUGCCGCUAUCCCCCGGGAUACCACCCUUUCCAACACCGUUGAUGGCGUUCUAAACCAGGUCAACACCCUCCUUAAUCAGAUUGAGCCCGCCGCCAGCAACGCCGUCCAGGCUGUCGAUGGCACUCUCGAUCUCAGCGCCAUUCAGGACACCCUCAACUCCAUCAAGGAACAGCUCGGCGGUGUCCAAGGCCUUCUCCCCGCGCUCCCCGUUGGCAUCAAGCGUGGUCUUGCUGAUGGUGUUACCGGCGCCGCCGGAAGCGCUGUCGGUACCGUCGAGUCUGCUGCUUCCCCUGUUGUCAACACUGUUGAGCAGGUUGCCGGUCCGGUCGUCGGUGAGGUCACCUCCACCGUCAAGCGUGAUGUAGUCUCCAAUGCCCUCAACACUGUGACCGGUGUUUUGUCCAACCCUCUCAACACUGUUGACAGCCUCGUUCCCCUCGCCAACAACCUCUGCAGCGGAAUCCAAAACACCGUUCCACUGACCCAGACUGUUACUGAGCUCACUGCCCUCACCCAGGGCUUGGCCUCGGUUGCCCAGCUCCCUCUCGCCCUUGUCCAGCUUCCUUCCGCCUAA